UUGAGAGCGUGCUCCUGAAACGAGAACGAAAACUGAAGGCCAAAACACGCAUGCAUAAACACACAAAAAAACAGACAAAGCAGAGGCAGAGCCACCGGUCUGUGCUUUCUCUUCCUGAUGCAGUAACGCAGCCUGGAACCUGUGUGGACUUUUCCUCCACUUUUUUUCUUUUUUAAUUAACAGGAUACCUUGUUGAGUCGAUCAAGAGUGGGUAGGUCAGGUAGAAAGGCUGGUUGGACUCUGCUGCCAGCAUGCUCCGGCAGUCUCUGAGCAUCCUGAAGCAGUUGGGCACUGCGACAAGGUCACAAGAUGCUACCGACCUUCUACAUGAAGACCUGGUUAUGGUGGAGCAGAGGAUUGAACCAGCCAGGAAGGCAGCUCAGGUCCUCCAUAAAAAGCUGCAGGGCUGCAUGCAGAGUCAACCGGGGCUGGAGGCCGAAAAACGAAUGAAAAAGCUUCCUCUGAUGCUUCUGUCUGUCAGCAUGGCAGAAAGUCUGAAAGACUUCGAUGCAGAGUCCUCAAUCAGGAGGGUGCUGGAAAUGUGCUGUUUCAUGGAGAAGAUGCUGGCCAACAUGCUGGCAGACUUUGAGAUGAAAUUGGAGAAGGAGGUCCUGGAGCCACUCAACAAGCUUAGUGAGGAUGAUUUACCUGAAAUUCUAAGGAACAAAAAGCAGUUUGCAAAGCUCACAACAGAUUGGAACAAUGCAAGAAUGAGGAGUCAGGCUAGCACUGGACCUCAGGCAAAGCAGGAUGGGCUUAGGGAAGAAAUGGAAGAAGCUUGGAGGAAGCUGGAGAGCAUCAAGGACCAGUACUCUGCAGACCUGUAUCACUUUGCAACUAAGGAGGAUGACUAUGCAAAUUACUUUAUUCGUCUUCUCGAGCUGCAGGCAGAAUACCACAAGAAUUCUCAUAUGUUCCUGGAUAGAAACAUCAGCGAACUCAAAGAGGAUCACAGUCAAAAAGAGCCAUCACAAAGCCUCUCCAACCAGAAGGUCUACGGGGAGCCUCUGCUCUCACAUUUGUCUCAAAGCAACAGAGAAAUCGCGGCGCCCAUCCAGGAGUGUAUUCACAUGCUGCUGAGAACAGGCAUGAGAGAGGAGGGUCUGUUUCGCUUGGCCGCCGCAGCCUCGGUGAUGAAGAGGCUGAAGACAUGUCUAGAUCAAGGGACGGUGGACCACAGCGAGUUCAGCAUGGACCCUCACGCCGUGGCAGGAGCUUUGAAGUGUUACCUCCGAGAACUUCCCGAACCUCUAAUGACGUUUGACCUCUACAAUGACUGGUUUAAAGCAGCAGGGGAGAAAGAGCUGUCAGAGAAGCUGGAGCAAUUCAAGAUACUUCUAAAGAAACUGCCACCUGAAAACUACAACAACCUCAGGUACCUGAUCCAGUUCCUGUCUCUGUUGUCUGCGCAGCAGGCUGUAAACAAAAUGACACCAAGUAACAUCGCCAUCGUCCUGGGACCAAACCUACUCUGGCCGCGAGCUGAGGGGGAAGCUGCUCUCUUUGACAUGGCUUCAGCUUCUUCAGUCCAGGUGGUGACAGUCAUUGAGCCUCUUAUUCAGUACAGCUCUGAUCUCUUCCCCGAAGCUCUCUCAUUCGAGAUCCCAGAACUUCCCGAGGUCCUGGAUGGGUCUCUGCCCUCUCCCGUUGUCCCAGAAAAGGGGAAACUGAGCAGAACUGUUUCCUCCUCUUCCUCCACAGCCUCCUCGUCUGCAUAUCACUUCCCUCUUUCCAAGACAAACAGCACAGCCUCUCAGGACAGUGGCGUCUCCUUCCUGGUGAAAUCUGGCUCUGUGAGCGGCCGCAGUGGCACCUCCACGUGGGGCAGCCCUGAAGCGGAGACGGCAGCACCCGCUCAACCAAACAGGACGCCCAGCAGCUCAUCCUUGACCGAUCCCGGCCCGUCUCCGGCCUCUGACUCUACAGCCGUGUCCAGCUCAACAGCAAACCAGAACCCGACUCCGCUUCCCAGAGCAGCGGGAUCUGCGACAAACUCAGGCCAGGCCCGGAGUCCCACCCAGAGGCAGAUCUCAGAACAGAACCAGCUCGAGCCAAUUUUGGAAGCACCACCAGAUUCUCCCAGGGCAUUAGUGAAGAUCGCGUCACCGUUUAAACCGAGGAGAACUUUCCCCCUGAGCAAGUCUAACCAGCCAAACGAGCAGGUCACGGUUCAGUUCUCCAAACCAAAACUGCCGCCACCUCUCAAGUCACAUGCCCCUCCACCCCCGAUCGCACCUGCGACGGUUCCAGACACUAGGCCCCAUCCGACACCUGCACCCCGAGGACAGCAGGCCAGCAUGAAAAAGCCUCCUCCGAAAAAGCCUGGACUCAAAGCUCCAAACUGCCCUCCACCUCUUCCCCCACCAUCACAGGCAAAAGAGGUUCCUUCUAUGGCACAGUGAGAAACAAAUGUCCCUCAAACAUCCAAACGUCUGUUAUUGAGUCGAGCAGAACAGCCGCUGAAACACUUUUAUAUUUUGUCAUUAAAAAAAAAGACAAAGAGUGCUGGGUACGCUUAGAUUGUUCAGUAAGUUGAUUUUAAGUGUUGCAGAUUUUUUUUAUUUAUUCUGAUGUUUCCCAUGGUUGUACGGUCAGAGAAAAAAAAUAGACCUAUGAUAAAUGAAUUCACAGCAAAAAUAUUUUCCUGUUUUAGGCUGGAAUUGUCCAUAAAUGUACAAAACAAUUGUAUUUGUGUAAGCUAUUUUAGUGUGGGAAAACUUUUUUUUUCUCUG